GACUAUAUCUCAUAUCCUGAGUCUUGAUAAUACACAUACGUCAUGUAGAUUAUGUAUGAAGAAGCAAGUCAAGUUGCGAAUGAUGCAGUGGGGAGUAUAAGGACAGUGGCUUCGUUUUGUGCUGAAGAGGAGGUGGUGGAAUUGUACAAAAGAAAGUGUGAAGGACCAAUUAAGGCAGGAAUUAGACAAGGGCUGAUUAGCGGAGCUGGUUUCGGGAUUUCCUUCACUUUGUUGUUUUUAGUUUAUGCAACAAGCUUUUAUGCAGGAGCACGGCUUGUUGAGGAUAAUAAAAUCACAUUCUCUGAUGUUUUUCGUGUUUUCUUCUCCUUGACAAUGGCAGCGAUGGCUAUUUCACAAUCAAGUUAAUUGGCACCAGACUCGAGCAAAGCCAGGAGUGCUGCUGCUUCUGUAUUUUCCAUACUCGACAGGAAAUCUAAAAUUGACCCGAGAGACGAGUCCGGGAUGACACUGGAAGAUGUCAAGGGAGAAAUUGUGUUCCUACAAAUGAGCUUUAGUUAUCCAACGAGGCCGGAUGUGCAGAUCCUGAGGGGCCUAUGCUUAUCCAUUUGCAACGGCAAGAGUAUUGCCAUAGUGGGAGAGAGUGGGAGCGGGAAGUCGACUGUGAUAUCCUUGUUGCAAAGAUUCUACGACCCUGAUUUGGGAGAGAUAACGCUGGACGGAGUGGAGAUCAGGAAGCUGCAAGUGAAAUGGCUGAGGCAACAAAUGGGGUUGGUGAGCCAAGAGCCGGUGUUGUUCAACGACACCAUUAGGGCCAACAUAGGAUACGGAAAAGGAGGCCGUGGUGCAGCAAGUGAGGCAGAGAUCAGUAGUGCGGCGAAGCUGGCUAAUGCCCACAACUUCAUCAGUGCUUUACAGCAGGGAUAUGACACAACGGUGGGAGAAAGGGGAGUUCAAUUGUCCGGUGGACAGAAGCAAAGGGUGGCCAUUGCACGCGCCAUCGUGAAAAACCCAAAGAUAUUACUGUUGGACGAGGCCACCAGCGCAUUGGAUGCCGAGUCUGAGAGAGUAGUGCAAGACGCGUUGGACCGAGUUAUGUUGGGCCGGACAACCAUAGUGGUCGCACAUCGCUUAUCAACCAUCCGAGGAGCUGAUGUCAUUGCUGUCGUAAAAAAUGGUGUCAUUGUGGAGAAGGGGAAUCACGACACUCUAAUCAAUAUUGAACAUGGAUUUUAUGCUUCUCUCGUCGCCCUUCACUCAACUGCUUCCUAGUUCCUAACUACCAUCUCAUCCAACAUUAAUUUGUAACUGAAUCAUUUAUGUACAUAUGUCAUUUCAAAAUGGUGAUGUCAUCGUUCUCAGCUUAAAGCUAAACCACAAAUACAGGACAAAUUGCAGU